UCUUCUUCAGAGAAAUACAGUCCUUCGAUGGAACCCAUCUGUCGAGUGUGAAGCGCAAGGAGUGUGGCAGGAACCCCCGUCGCAGGGAUGAUCCGACAUCCCUUCUUCCCCGCCAUGCGCGCAGCUCCAGAGAAUUUUUUCGAGAAACCAGGGUGGUGUGUGCAUCACAGGAGGGGGAUCACACGAGGAGAUUAUCUGGGCGUCUUAUAAGCGGGAUUCCACUCGACUUUUCGACAACGCCAACAUUCCGCCGCGGGAAAUUCUGUCACCAGCUCCAUGACGUAAACCGGUUCCUGUCAUGCAGGUCUCCCUCACGCAGCAUGUACAGAUCGCCACUUUAAGGUCGAGAAAGACGCUCUUGUGGAUUGAGGCUUGGUCGACAUUGCUUGCCCCGAUGAACUCUCCCCUCCAACGAAGCUCGAGUGGAACAAUCCCUAGCUUGAUCCAGUAAGGAACUACGGCUUUGAGUAGAACAACACCUCCGCAUCCUGGUUGGUUGGCGUGACGAGGCUGGACGUGAUCUUAGAGUACUAAUCCUCCGAUUGGUUCUAAACCUCCGAUUUCUUCGACGCUGGUGCUAGUUUUCAGGUUCGGUAACGACAUACGUUGUAGCAGAAGGAUAAGAUUCGUCUAAAACUUGCAAUUCGGGAUAAAAUCAUCGACAUUAACUCCGUGAUGUAGUGAAAUUCUACACUGAGGGCUGGCGAGGACGAAACCCAAAAAGCUUGGUGUUAGAAGAAACGAUCCAAUCCUUCUAAAUCAGAGUUGCAUAAAAGAGCAUUUAUUAUCGCACGACGCUGACGAGGCUCAUGACCAAGAAUUGGUUGUAUUCUACUAGCGACUGAGAUUAAUGAUUCAACACUGUGCGAUCUAGUCUCAAGGAGGCUUGAUACGAAAUGUCGGGGUUCGGCGUACACGCAACAUCAUAUGUUUGGGAAUUUUGAGAAAAGUGUUGAACAGUAAAGGGCAUGUUGAAUAUUCUUACUACCAGUAAAAGCCCAGCACACUUCCUUCUUAAGCUGCAAUCCUUCUUUGUGCGAAACAGAGUAAGCCUUGGCUUUGCCUUUUCAGAUCACUGCAAUGCUAAUGCUGCUCUGACAUCGUCCACGUCAAUGCCCAGAAGAAGCAUCUGCAGGAGAGACAAUGGUAGGGUUAUCUGCGAAAAGUGAUAGGCCGAUGGCGAAGACGCGAAGGGAGCUAUUGCAGCAGCAGAUUAGGGCAAUCAAAGACGAGCUGGGCGAGAACGAUGAGGACGACGACGAUGUGGCUUCUUUGGAAAAGAAAAUGCAAGAGGCAGACAUGCCUACCAAUGUUUGGAAGCAUGCACAGCGAGAGCUUAGGCGGCUGCGAAAGAUGCAGCCUCAGCAGCCCGGCUAUGCAACCUCUCGCACAUAUUUGGAGUUGCUGGCUGAAUUGCCGUGGCAAAUUUCUAGCGAGGAGCACGAAAUUGAUUUAGAGGCUGCCAAAGUACGCUUGGAUAGCGAGCACUAUGGCUUGAGCAAAGUCAAGAAACGGAUUAUCGAAUAUCUUGCUGUUCGCAAACUGAAGCCAGAUGCCAGAGGGCCAGUGUUGUGCUUCGUUGGACCUCCAGGGGUUGGCAAGACCUCUCUAGCGUCCUCUAUCGCCGGAGCUCUGGGCCGGCGCUUCAUUCGUAUCUCCUUGGGCGGCGUGAAAGACGAAGCUGAUAUUCGAGGUCAUCGUCGCACUUAUAUAGGAAGCAUGCCGGGCCGCCUCAUUGACGGGAUCAAAAGGGUCGGAGUCAACAAUCCCGUAAUGUUACUUGAUGAGAUCGACAAGACGGGAGCCGAUGUGCGAGGUGACCCUGCCGCUGCACUGCUGGAGGUCCUGGACCCCGAACAGAACAAGACUUUCAAUGACCACUACUUGAAUGUACCUUUCGAUGUGUCGAAAGUGGUCUUUGUCGCAACGGCAAACAGAAUGCAAACAAUGCCAGCUCCGCUGUUGGAUCGCAUGGAGGUUAUCGAGCUACCAGGGUAUACUUCCGAAGAGAAGCUGCGAAUCGCAAUGCGUCAUUUGAUACCUCGAGUACUUGAGCAACACGGCAUCACACAUGAGCAUAUUUCUAUACCAGAGGCAACUGUGGAGCUCGUCAUUCAACGUUAUACUAGAGAGGCAGGAGUUCGUAAUUUAGGGCGUCACUUAGCCGCGUUGGCCCGUGCUGCAGCAGUGAAAGUGGCGGAGAAGGAGCAGUCAGACCGACUCAUGCGUGAGAUGCAAACGGAAAUGAUGGAUCAUGGAGGAGGAGGCCAUAGCGUCGAGGGGGAGAUGGAAGUAGAGGCCAUAGCUGUCCGAGGAAAAGCGGUUCAGCCACUCACAGCCAAACCAGAGCCUCUGGUUGUGGACGAGGCGGUGCUUGACAUUGUCUUGGGGCCACCGAGGUUUGAUGGGAGAGAGGCAGCAGAGAGAGUAGCCGCUCCUGGCGUUGCCGUAGGAUUGGUGUGGACAGAAGUGGGUGGGGAGGUUCUCUUCGUAGAAUCUACUGCAAUGUUAGGAAAGGGGGAUUUGCAUCUCACAGGGCAGUUGGGGGAUGUUAUCAAAGAAUCAGCUCACAUUGCUCUCACUUGGGUGCGCGCGAGGUCUGCAGAGCUGAAACUACCGGUUGCAGAGGCCGGGAGCCUGAUGAAGGAGCGCGACAUUCACAUUCACUUCCCAGCGGGCGCAGUACCCAAAGAUGGGCCAUCAGCAGGGGUGACGCUCGUCACUGCAUUGGUCUCCUUGUUUUCCAAGCGUAGCGUGAGAGCAGACACCGCCAUGACUGGGGAAAUGACCCUCAGGGGGCUCGUUCUCCCUGUUGGGGGCAUUAAGGAUAAGAUUCUAGCUGCUCAUAGGUGCGGUAUUAAACGAGUUAUUCUGCCUGAGCGCAACCGCAAAGAUCUCCAAGAGGUUCCUGCUGGCAUUCUCAGCAGCAUGGAGAUAAUACUUGCUAAGCGGAUGGAGGACGUGCUAAACCAGGCUUUCGACGGAGGCUGUCCUUGGAAGCCUGCGUCACGUUUGUAGAGUUCCUGAACAAUUGAUUCCUUGUAUCAUAAUGCGUGGUUUGGAUCUCUAUCCAGCUGAGUGCCUCAAUCUCUAUAUCACAAGCGUACAAUCGCCUUUCCCUUGGGUAACCUGAGGUACGAAAUGGAGAUUCUAACUGAUAAUCAGGCUUACACUUACGCUAGCGUCAGAAGGAUAGGUGGUAUUGUUGACGUAGAUAGACAUUUAUCUGUACUCGCAACUGUUUAAGGAAUUUUUUUUGGCAGAAACAUCUAAAUUGAUGUCAUUAAGAAAAGUUUCUCUUAUUCAUCCUCCUGGAACUUUAAA